AUGGUGAUAGUUGAAUUAAGCAUUGGUCAAUUAGCUGGAUUAAUUGGUAUUUUUAGUGCUAUCCUACCAAUUAUUAUUUCUGUGUUGGGCACCAUAUCAAUAUUAAUGAGCAUCAAUGAUAAAAUGGCAGCUUUAGAGUGGACAACUUUAAGUAAAGUGGUUGGGGCAAGUCUGCUUAAUAUUUAUGGAACAGGUGGCCAACCUGCUUUAACAGGAAUUAAAUUAUGGGGCAUGGGAUCAUAUAAACGUAAUAUACUUUACAUACUUGUUGGGGUAUCUUUAAUAGCAUUAUUUGGAGUAUCAGCGAUUGCACCACUUGGUAUUUAUACAUGUGAAGUAACAUAUGAUAUAACAUCUGUUGAUGCUGAUGUUAUCAAUGCUGAUCCAUUAUUGGAUAGUGCAGUUAAUAACACAUUUUCUCUGAAGGAGCUAACAAGCAUUAGGAAAUGCAGUGGAUUUCGCUACGAACCAUGUCCAGGAAUGAAGGAUAGGUUUCAUGUUGAUGAAGAAUAUGCAAUUGACUUUAACAGAACAUACAGUAACAAUGCAAUGAAAUAUCGUCUGUUGAAAACUAGUAUUAAUGAUAAUAUUUCAUAUCCUUCCUAUGAUUUUAUGAUGUUGAAUGUGACAAGUGUGCAGAAGGAGGGUUAUGGAAUUAUUGACACAAUGGUUGUAGAUCAUGGCAAUGGUGGACUUUUAAUAAAUAAUGCAAUAAAACCCAAUUUAAAAACUAAUGGGAGUCAUGAUUGGUCAAUUCAAGGCUUGUGGUUGCAACCACAUGUCAGUUGUCAUUCAACCAAUCUCACAAUAAUUUCAUGGGAAAACAAUACCUCCUCUUUUUCCCAUGAUUGGAUAGGCUAUGUGGUUAUUAACAACACUGAUAUAAAUUCAUCAGGUAUAAAUCCAAUUGGUGAUCAAGGCCAAUCAACUGAUCUUCCAGCAAGAAGCAUCAGGUAUAGUCGUUUUAUACAAUCUUUUCUUAUGCAAGAAUUAAAUAUGACAGCAAAUGGAACUUUUUUUGAGUCACCAGUUCUUAAAGUUAAUUCAAAGGAGCCAAAAACU